GAAAUAUUUUUUAUGUAUAAAAAUAAUAUAAUAGUAAUUAUGCAAAAUGACCUACUGAUACACAUUUAAUGAUGAUCCUAAUUCUACAUACAGUAGAACUCCAAUUAUCCGAACUCCGACCAUCCGAAUCGCCGAUUAUCCGAAUCACUUUCAGAAAAAAUCAGAAAAAAAUUUGUCCAAAGUCCGCGUCGUCAGUGUAGGCACAACACGUGGUAAGAGUUCCCACUCCAGUUCCGGCGCAUUGCAGUCACCUGUCAUUGUUUGUUUUGAUUAGUCAGUGUGCUAAAUUGACCUUGCUCGAGAACGCUACUCUUUCGCUACGGCUUACUUUUGUUUGUGCGUGUACUGUAUUGUUUUUUACCAUGGCUUCGAAAAGAAAACGUGUUGUGCUAUCGUUAGCGGACAAACUGAAAAUUAUAGAGCAACUCGAUAAAGGUGUAACGGGUAAGAAGUUGUCUGAGAUUUAUGGUGUUGGACAAGCAACAAUUUGUGACAUUAAAAACAGUAAGUCAACACUUUUAAACUUUGUUUCGGUGCUUGAAAAUGAAGAUGGAAGUUCCUCCAGGAAAACAAUGAAGACAGCAACCAACAAAAAUUUGGAAGAUCCCGUGUUUAAAUGGUUUUUGCAGCAACGUUCUAUGGGAAAUCCGAUUUCAGGUCCAAUCCUUUGUGAAAAAGCCAAAAUCUUAGCAGAAAAGCUUGGUUAUUCAUCUUUUAAGGCUAGUAACGGCUGGCUAAGGAACUUUAAAUUCAGGCAUGGUGUACGCGAGUUAGAUUUGGCUGGUGAGAAGCUUUCAGCAGACUCUGCAGCUGCUGAAAAUUUUAUUGAAAAAUUUAAAACUGCAGCAGAAUCCUAUGAUCCGGAGUUUGUUUAUAAUGCCGAUGAAACUGGCCUUGUUUGGAAAGCAUUACCAAAAACCAUAUGUAUCAUGUAGAUAUUAAAUUGAAAAAUGACAUUUGAAAAAAAAAUGUAAGUAAUAGUUUUGUUGGAGACUCUGAAGACCAAUUUAUACUUCAUGAAUUAUCUAAUAUGGAACAUGAAUGUAAUACAAAUGAAAAGUUGUUUUAAAGUCAAGAACACAAUGAGUCAAUUAAUAAUGAAAUAACAUCUUUGAAAUCUAAUGAAGUAGAAAAUUUUAAAUUAGGCGAAGAAAAUAUUAAUAAAGUAAAAUUAAUAUUAGAAGGAUGGAAUUUAGGACACCU